GGGGGCGGAGCCUUGUGACCUGGAAGCGGAAGCUCCUCGCGAGCGCCCUCGCGUUUCCCGCGAAAGUGGCGACCGAAGAUUCCCGCCCACCACCGUUCUCGUCGUUCUCCUCCUCCUCCUCUAUCGUCGUCGUCUCCCUAGGAGCUUAUCGCCGUGCCGCUUCAAAACAACAGCAGUGGCAGCGACGACAAUAGCAGCAGCAGCAAACGCGUAACCCGCAACGACUGCGACAUCAACAUCCAGCGGCGAUGCCGCUCCCGGCCGUGGAGGGCCUCCUCCGCACGCUUCAGGAUGGUCCCCCGGAUGACCAGGUGGAUGCGCUGCUCACCCUCUCCAGUAACUUGAGCUCUGAAGCAGUUGGUGAGGUGGUUAUGGAACUGGUUCCCAAAUCGGAACACCUCUUCACACUACUGCAGUCACGAGUGGGUAGCUCCCAGACAGACGAACAGCAGGGGCCUCAAGCGGAGAUUCAGCAUGCUGCCCUGCGUACACUGGGCUUCUGCCUGGCACAACCCUUGCUCGUUGCUACUCUCUCCGAUGACACUGCCGAUCACCUGCUGUGCAUGCUGCUGGAUGUGGCACACAGCUCAGGUGAUCUGAACACCUCCACCAGGGUGCUGUGGGUCCUCUCUCAGCAGUUGCUGCCACCCACCUUCAUGGAGGCAAAGCUGUCUUCGCUGCUGUCACUCCUGGAGAAGCUAUUGGCGCCAGGGGAGGCUCACUUUGUGGUGGAGAAUGAGGCUCUCAAAGUGUUGAGCAGGUUGUUGCAGCAGGUUCCGCGUGCGAUGACACAGAAGUCCACCUCGUGGCUUCCGCUGCUGCUGCCUAUGCUUGCCCACUCCAACGCCAAGGUGCGUGCGCGGGCCCUGUCCGUGUUGGAGGCGGCGAUGCCGCUGCUAACCCCCGGCUCGUCGGCGGAGCUCUCGGCCUCCGACUCCGCUGCUAUCUCCGUCGUCGUUGAGGCUCAGCUCAAAGGCAAGCUGUUAAAGGAGAUGGAGAAGCUUUUCGCUGCCAAGAACGAGGUGCACGUGAUGCGCGUGUGGGCUCUGUGCGUCACGCUCUUGUACUCGGUGCUGCGCAAAGGAGGGAAGCUCACCAAUGCCGUGCUUCACCUGGCAGAGCUGGGCUUCCGUAGCAGCUCCUCGGAGGUUAAGAGCGCGGCCUAUUCCGCGUGGAAGAGCCUCAUCGACAACUUUACCUCCGAGCCUGAGCUCCUGAGCAACGGGAAGCGUCUGCGUCUAUUGCUGCAGCCACUAUUGGUGACGACGGUGCGGGUCGAGGUGCUGGCCCUGGCCAUGCUUCGUACGUGGUGGCACCUGGUUGGCCGCCUCAAAGAGCAGGUGGCGAGCAGCUUUGAGCAGGUGUGUGUUCCACUGCUGCAGUUUGUCCUGGGCUCACCACUGAACGAGACAACGCUGACCGCUGCUUCCACCCCAACUGGGUCACUGAAGCCCGGCUUGCCAGUGACCUUGACGCCCAAUUUCCGACUGUCACUGGGUACGGGCUCGGGGUCGGCGCGCGUGUCCUCCCGUGCCAUGCAGCUACGAGGCUGUGAGCUGAUUGGACAUCUGCUCCUGGGUCCUGACAUUGCAGUGCUUGGCCUCCCGCUGACCUUGGCGCCGCUGGCUAGCGUGCCGAUCACGGCGGGGAGCUCGUUUACACGCCUGGCCCCCACUCUGAUUAUGGCCACACACAACGCCCUCAGCAUUGCCGGCAGUGACGUGCAAAGUUCGCUGGUGUUGCCGGUGUGGCAUAAGCUCCUGAGCCACGUGGCAGCAGGCAUCGAGUCAGCUGGUAACCGCAAAGAGCGGCAUGGAACAGACAAUUUCGCGCUACUGCUGAUGAGCCUGCAGCAUCUGGUGCGAUCGGAGAACCUGCCUGCCUCCCUCUCCAUGUCCUUACUGGAGGCCACGGUGGCCGGGCUACCCAAGAAGGUUCUGGGCUCUCCAGCGUACCAUGUGGCUAGCAUGGACGUUAUGCAGGGCACCUCUGCACUAUUCCUCAUUCAGAUUCUUUUCCAUGACAGCCUACUGCAACUUGACUCAGCAGAGCAACGGCUGGAGUCGCUCCUGCACACGCUUGUUGGCUGCGUACUGGACGGGCCGGCAUCCCCCCUCGGCUUCAGCGCAGUGGUGCUGGGGCUGCUUGAGCAAGCCGCGGUGGGCGCCACCCUGCCCUGCCAGCGCCUGUGCACCAUUUGGGAGUUGGUGGUGCACCCUCUGACGGCCCGCAUUCAGCAGACCAAGGAGGUGAACCAGGGAGAUACGCUGGAGCACAACUUCACGGCACUUUACAAGGCCUUGCUUUUGCCCAUCCAGUUCAUCUUCCCAGCGGCCAGCCUACGUCCGGCCAGCUUGACGGCGGUGCUCCACAGCUGGAAGCAGCUAUACCAGGCCUUCUCGUGCUGUGCCUCCCUCGUGUGCACCGCCGAGGCAAACGUGUGGUGCGAGGAGCUGUGCGCCCUUGCACUGCCGCACCUGCAUGUUGACCAGCUCGCGCACUGCCACUCUCUGCGUGCAACGGCUCACCUGGUGAGCGUGAUGCUCGCCAACUUCGACUUCACCGCUCUGGCGCAGAAUCGGGCUGGCACGGACAGUUCCAAAGGGUGCCUGAGCCCCGUUUGUCCUCGCCGGGUGAGGAAGGACUCCCUGGGAAACCUGAGCUCGCUGACCUCUUUGCUCGCAAGGGCCAUUGAGGCGUUUGGCACUGCAGCAACGGCGGCGACAGUGGAGACAGCGCAGACCAAGCUUUGGGCGACAGGCGCGAAGUUGGUGGAUGCGGCGGCCACGCUGCUUCGCCGAUUGCAGGCGUCGUCUGAGAUCCGGGCGGCUAUGACCAUGAUGGUGCCUCCCAUUGCCAGCCUUUACGCACAGAGUGGGAGAAAGGGCCAUCGUUACAGCCCCCUGCUGAUGGGCAAGCUGCCUGAGCUGUGGGAGGGUGUGGCAGGCCUCCUGGAGGGCCCGUCGGCGGGACCUCACGACGACUCGCUGCUGCAGCUCCUGUCACCGCUGCUGUGCCACACACUGCCUCAUCGGACCCCUGCUGUGCGAUCGCGGGCUGCGCAAUUUUGGGACGCCACCUUCGGGAGGACGAAAGCGCCUUUGAACUACCCUGAGCAGCUCAGGUUGGUGAUGCAGCGCCAGCGAACUCCGCUUGCGUUGCCUGGUGUGGAGCUCACAGACGAGGAGGCACGCACCGCCCCUUUUCUUGACGACUCGAAUGAUGACGACAACGACGCUGUUGCUGACAAAGGGGACUCCAAUUGCUUCGCUGUCAAGCAGGAAGCCACAGUCCAGGAUGGUCGGCAUCCCACGGGGACCAGCGUAAAGAAGGCACAAGCGAUCCACAAGGAGUCACAGCCAACCAUUCCCACACCUGUUACCCCAACCCAUAAUAAGACCGCCAUAGCUACCUGGGCCUCUCCAUGCCAGCAUGUGGAAAAGGCAACCACGCCAAAGGCAAGCAGCCUGCGGUCGCCCAGGACAGUGCGCACACGCCAAUUUGUUCAGCUCGAGGAGGAGAGCUCCCAGGACUUUGUGUUCAUCCCCCCGCCUGCUACAGCCGCCAGCCGAUCCCGUGUGCUCACAGAGCACCAGAAGGAGGUGCUGCGGACCAAGAGGGUGGACAUACCGACCAUGUACAACACACUGGAUGCCUCUCAGGACUCCACCGUGUUUUCUCAGCUGUCUGGCACGCAGGACUCUGAGAGCAGUGGGUCCUCCGCAUUGAGCCCUCUCACACACAAGACUCCGAUAUUCGCCGGUCAGAUGAAUGCGGAUGAGAUGGCUGUGAAGAGGGUGGUGGAGACGGAAGCCAUUGCAAAAAUUGAGUCAACGGGGACAACAUUGGAUGAAAAUAACCGCACUGCACUGGUGUCAAGCGGGCACUUGAAUGGAAGCGCCGACAACGCUAAGGAGGUGGUGCAGACAACAACAUGUGGUAAAGACGAGAUCAUCAAUAGUGCCAGCAGCAAAGAGAUUGAAGUAAGUUCCUCAUGCGUGGACGACAAAGCUCAGGCCCCUCAGAGUGGAAACGAUGCUCCAGAAUGCGACGCUCAGAACAGAGAGGCCGAACCGGAGCUGCUGGGCUGUAAUGGCAGCACAGAUAGAGAUGGAGCGAACCUGGAUUUGGAUGGGAAGGCAAUGGGGCUUGCAGGCGACACGGAGGGAGCCAGUGAAGAGAAUGUGGCUGUGGGCCCUGCCAACAGCAGCAAUGAGUCGAUAGAGAUGGUGGCUGGUACCCCGCCAAGGCACACUCCGGGAGAGCGAACCCUCCCUACUCUUGGCAGCCAAUCGAAAAAGAUGUUUCAGGAGUUGGCAGUCGAUCUUGAAAUGGAGGAGCAGCAGCAGGAGCAGGAGGAUGCCUCCAGGGAGCUGCCGGUCAAGCCGGUGGCACAACCGAGAACCCGCCGCAGUAAGAGUCGGGAAAACGCUGCGCGUGAGGGCCUGAGCUCGGGGUCGGAUGGGAAGUUGGCGGCAGAACGGAACGUAAUGGUCGACAGCCAGGAGGAACUCCCACCAGAGGGCGCUUUACAGCCUCGACGCGGCCGCAGGCAGUGCCGCAUAAAGAGCAGUGAUCAUGCAGCUCCUGUCGUGACCCCAAGGAGUAAGUUGGUCAUGGAGAGCGACAUUCCACAGCCAACACCCGGAACCGAUGGUAGGGCAGCUAACCAACGGAGAGCAUCUCAAAAGGGGCAGAUGUUGAGCGCAAGCAAGUCCCGCAGGAAGCUGCUUUCUUGCGAGCCCGGCAUGUACAUGGGAGAUUCAGAGGUGGAAGUGACGAAAGCAGAAUCUAGUUCUGAUAAGCACAGACUUGGAUCUCUCUCAGAUAGCGCUUCUUUUCAAGAGCAUGGUUCUUGCAAAGGCUUAAUGGCCGACAGCAGUCUGAAAGGGAAUGCUAAUUUUGGUGUUGCAGUAGCAGAUGCAGCAAUCCCAGGAUGCAGCAACGACCUCAACACUCCUCGCAGCAAAGCAAUCCGGGGGCGACAGCUAAAGCUGUCUCAGAUCUCCCUGCUAAGCACCAACAACAGCACACCCUCCCCUACAGCAGAACAAUCUCCUGUGUCUUCCCUCGUGGUUUCACAACCUGCCACAACCUCUCCUGUCGUGGCACAGUUACCUGUUGCUGCUCCAGUUGAACAAUUCCCUAUGAUUUCUUCUAAAAUGGUAGAAACCUCCAAAUAUUUCUCUGCAGUGGCAAAGCCAUCCACUCCUACGAUGACAGAAUCCCCCACGAUCUCAUCUGCGGUUGAAGAGUCCUCAUCUCCACCACAAAUAGUUGCACUGACCCUGCUCAAGGCCUUCAAAUCUGAUGAACAGUCUAGUAGUCAAGCAAGGGACGGCUCCUCCAGCUCAAAUGUUGGAGAUGAUUUAACCGAAACACGUGACACUGCAGCGGUGGCAGCGGAAGAGGAGAUUAAUGGCACCAGCGGUGAGAGUACUGUGUUCAGUCCACAGGCCAGCCCCAGCAGACCGACUAGUUCUGACAGUCGGAUCCAUGCAAGUGGAGAGCCGAAGAAGAGGAGGGUGAAUUUGGUGAGCAUCCCAGGUGGGCAGGCAAACUCUGGCUGGGCAAACGGGAGUGUCCGCAUUUCUGUACGCGAUGUGGUGCGCACGCCAACGAAUGGGGAGAGAGCGUUGGCGCUUCCUGCAUUCGAGAGGAGUGAGCAGAGUGCAGGUGUGACGAGGGACAAUGGCGCAGCCGGAAUCUUGGACAGAGAAAACACAGCUUUCGACACCAACCCGCAACCCACGGAGACAUCGGCAUCUGCAGAAACAAGUGUUUUGUGCUUGGAGCUCGUCCUAUCAGGUAGCUCACAUUUGGAGCCCAAGCUCGGCUUGAGUAACUUGCUGAGGCGGUCAAAGAGGAAGAGGAAGAGCUGGGGCUGCGGAAGGUACAGUUGGGAGAAUGUCUACAUGAAGAGGAGACGCUCGAUGCCCGAGGCGUCCGCCCCAGCAACUGGCGGAGCCGCUGUGAGCGACAAAGACGAUUGUGAAUUGGAGGGCAAACCUUGCCCCAGGCUUUGUGGAGAUGCCAUCACCGAGUCAGAUUCGCCACUGCAGCCAUUGAAGACACCGUUAGAGAAACUGUCGCAAAGAACAGUUAAAGGAGGAAGAGGAAGAGGGAAGGGUAGAAAGUUGCUAAAGAAUGUUGAGGAUGAGGUGGAGGAAGGGACUGCCGAGGAGGUUGGGGAGGAGGAGUAUAAUGUGAGUGAUCCGGUGGGGCCUGAAGAAUCUCCACGGCUCAACGAAACAAAAAACACCAUAGAAUGCGCUGCUCAGGAACAAUUGGUUAUAGAUUUGAACGAUAUCAUCACGACUGAUUUUAAAGCCAAGGAGCACGACCCCGAAACAGAGUUUGUCAGUGCAGGAGAUAACGAUGUAAAAACGUCUCAUGUUGUAGAUAGGGAACAGCCGGGUAAUGUGAUGCUGCCCCCCUCUCCCUCGCUGCUGGUCUCCAGAGGGAGUGACUGCGCUGCCUCCACCUCUCUUUCAUGUGGAGCGGAUCCCGGCAGAAUUGAUACAAUCACCACCGCAUCUCAUGCCGUGCCAACCAAAGGCGGAUUUGAGGAGGAAGAAUUUGGUGUCGUUUCAAGUGGGAUGAGCAAGGAGAUAGCAUCGCCAAUCUUGACCGCUCAGGAGAACCCAGCAGAAGAGAGCAAUCCCAAGGGCCAGGAGGUGUGUCCUGGAGAGGACGGCAGCGAGCUGGAGAUCAUCAACUCCAGCGGGGCCUCCCCAGCAGAGCCCUUGGUCAGUGCCGUAUGCGAGGAGGUGAUGGUUACUGUGACUGAGGCAGUGGCAGGAGGAGAGCAGAAAGUGCCAGGGGAGGAGAAUAAGAGGAACAUGGGUGACAGCAAGAUGGAGGAGGGGCAACAGGAGGAGGAGGAGGAGAAAAAAAAGGACAUGGCAGCCCAGACUACAGAGGCUCCAGCCUCACCAGGGUGCAGCACUCUUAUGCGGUUGAACGGAGACAUCGCCCAGAGAGCAGGCAGCCCUCCACCGGUCGCACCAAGAGGCACGUGGUCUCCAGCUGCAUCCCCAUCUCCCAGCAUCCUCAAGAAGGCAGCGGGCAGGAAGUCGGAGGCUGAGCAGCUGCCGUCAGACUCUCCACCAAACAAGGCACGACGCGUGUCAUUUGCUAACCCCAUCCGGCACGAAACGCUGGCAGAUGACAUCGACCGCCGCAGUCCCAGCCGCAGCCAGUCCCGCACGAUCACACAGCACCUUUUGACUCCGACGCGGAUCUCCCCGAUGAGCCGGCGGCCCCUUUCUCGUCGUGCUCUCGGAAACACCCCACCCAAGAAGCGGCUGCAGGAACAGCUGUGCACCAUGUUGCCCCAGCCACUGGAAGUGGUUCCCGUGCAGAGCGUGGGCCCCAUUUUCCCCGCGCUCAUCGGCUGUAAAACUCCAGUGGAGGCCGUGCUGCACCAGCUCACGCCGGCGAUAUGGGCCCGUGGGCUUGGCCACUUGGUGCGAGCGCGCUCCAUCAGCACCGUGGGUGAUCUGGCGGCACUGAAUUCCGCAGACCUGCACUCCCUACCCAUCCGCUCACCCAAGUUUCACACGCUGCACAGGGUCCUGAAGAUUUUCCAUGAGCAGAAGGGGCCAGGGGCCACGGAGCAGGAGAUGGCGCUGGUGCUGCCUCCCGACGACCAAGUAGACUGCAAGGCGCUGGUGAAUGGGCUGAGCGAGGAGGCUAGCAGAGCUGAAGCCCCAGGUGCUCCUGUCUCUGCAGGGGGCACGGGGUUCUUGACGGCGGUGUCAGCGCUGACGCACCAUAAUCCUAGCGAAGAGCUGAGGGUCACACCGCUGCCCCUGCUACUGCAGGCGCACGGUGAACUUCUCUCCGCACUGGUGCACGUCGCUCAGGCAAUGGCGCGGCGAUGAGCACCAUCUUUAUGAAACGCCCUUGUUCCCUGCAACCCGGCCUUGGCCACCCACAAACAAACGGCAUCGCUCCCCAUGCCCGAUGGAGAGAGAAUCAAGCAAGAUCCUCAACUUCUGCAGCUGUGCUGAUGCGAUGCAACUACAACGUGGCCACGUCUGGCACACAAUGACUUCCCAAACGUGACCUGGGUUGGCCAAAGUGUCUGAGUCUUACUUGGUGCAGCCUUGAUUUGAAGCUUUCGUGACUGCAGGAAUCCAUACUCUUUGGUUCUUUCGGUAAAGUCACGUAGGUUGAAAAAUAAUUUAUCACGACGUUUCGAUUGCAACACAAGCAAUCAUCAUCAGGUGGGACAACCACAGCAAGAAAAACUGCUAUAGUAGCCGGGAGAUCUGCCGUGGCACGAGGUUACAUAGGUCUCGGCAGUAGGGGGUAGAAGGUGGGGGGAGAGAUGGGGCGGGGCAGAAAGUGGACCCCGCGGCAGCACUUGAGUCAACGGGGGAGAGAUCUGAGAGAUCGGCUGCAGGGGGGGAGAGAGAAGGGGGGGGAGGAAACGCCUUUCUCCCCCCACCUCCUACCCCCUACUGCCGAGACCUAUAUAACCUAUAUAACCUCGUGCCAUGGCAGAUCUCUCACCUACUUCAGCAGAUGUUCUUGCUGUGGUUGUCCCACCUAAUGACGAUUGCUUGUGUUGCAAUCGAAACGUCGCGAUCUAUUAUUUUUCUACCUACGUGAUUUUACCGAAAGAACCAAAGAGUUUGGUGCAGCCUGUUUUUGUCACGUGAGAAUGAAUAAGGUAGUGUCCGUUGUUUAACAGGGCCAUGAAGCUUGCCUGUGAGCUUUGCCACUUUCUACACAAGCCUUUGUUGAGGGUUUCAGCCUGAAUGUAACAGCAGCCGGCGCGGAGCACUAGCUGCCUCUGUGUUAGCCAUUCCUGGCAAGGGGAAGUGGCAAGAACCCAUUGGUGCUCACUGAAGUUUUGUAUGUGUUGCUUGGAAGAAACAUGAACAAGAGAGGCGACAGCAGCACAUCUCAGCGUGGGAGGGGAGAGGGCUUAGAUCUCUGCUCUCUUUCUCUAAAGCAGAAAUCUUAGUUUACCUAUUAACUUCGUGUGGUACGUGGAGAAGUCCCAAUUCGGAGUUAGCAUUGGACACAUCUCACUCGGUUGACGUGUGAAGCUGUUACACCCAUUUACGAAGCAUCCGUUCUGUAACCUGGCCACGUCUUAUCGCGUAAACCCUCGCUCCACCCGCAGGCACAAUGCAACAAGCCAAGGUCAACCUUAUUCGAUUGCCAAGGUUGUUUCUUGUUGCCAGUGUGCCCACCCACUCUUACUUUCCAGCUGAACAUUCUGCCCUAGCACACACUGCUCACUUAACUACCAGUUGUGGAAGCACAGCAGUGUUUGUGUUUUAUCCUGAGGGAUGUCAGUUCAUUAUUUUAAUUUUUCAAUACAGUUCAAUCUUUGCUAUUCUCGUUUAUGCAUACCACUUUUGUGAAUAUGUUGAUUGAACAGUUGCUAAAUAAAGUUAACAAAUAUAACACCUAA